UCAUCAGUGAAUAGAACUGGCCCAGGUGUCAUCAAAUGUCUUCAAUGUGGAGACCUUUCACAUCCAACACCAGGUUAUGAUCUCCACCACUGUAUACAACCACAUUCCUGAGCCUGCUCCCUUUGCUGAUGAAGACCAUGAGAUGAUGGUUGAAAGCUCGGAAAAAGCUCAGAAAAGGCUAAUAUAAUAAAAUAAUUCAAACAUAAUUACAACUAUAACAACUUUCCAAUAAACCUUACUGAAACUAUCAGUACAUUCAGCUAGAGAUUAAAUGUAUCUUUCGACAUAAUCAGCUCAGAAGAGUUUAGCUUCUUGCUUGUAAAUGUUGAUUUAUGAAUGUAAAAUUUGGUUAAAAUAACUGAUAAACUAAUCUGUUAAAACUGAGAGCAAGAUUCCCUUUUAUAUUCAACAUGUGAGUGACAAUAUCUCCAUAAAAUGAAAGCCAGUAGACGCAGAGUAAAGAGAGCCUUCACUGGCUUUGAGUGAGGAGAAGUGAUCUGUUUUGCUUUCAAUCACACAAGUAAGAUGUGGAGGGUUUUAUUUCAAACAGUCACCACAUCCUGCACCCUGCUUCUGGCUGAAAGCGUGUGUCAGUAAAAUCAGCUGUUUGGCUGAAAAUAAAAGGAAAAACUGUUGGACUUCAGCUGCACACAGUUAGGAACCACAGUGUGAAUAAACCUUAAAAAACUAACCUAAAUUGACCUUGUUUGCCUGUUAAUUCUAGUGAAAUGUUGCCCUCUGCUGGGCAUCUGCCUUCACUGCUAAUCAAUGAUACAGAUCUGACUUUACUGAUCUAGUUUAUCAAAAAAAAAAAAAAACCCAACUAGAUCUAAUCCAAGUGAACCUUUUUAUCACACAUUUUUUAAAACUAAAAGAAUUCUUUGUUGUUGUGAUUUCAAGCACAACAGCAGAGUUUCCCGGCAACAGCUGGUCUUGAAAUCCAAAGGUGGCAGACAAUGGAGGUAUCCAAGGAGAUCCAGGACUCUCUUCAGAAGUGUGGAAUAAGAAGGGAUGUUGAUGUUUGGCGAAUCAGCCUCACCAGGAAAAAACUCACUGGUGUUCCUGACUUAUCAAGAUUUCACUUUCUGAGGAAGCUGUGGCUGAAUAACAACAAGAUCAGAGAGCUCAGCUGUCGCUCCCUCAACUGCUGCUUGACCGAACUUUACCUUCAAAAUAACAACAUCAAGUCUAUUUCUGGGGCCUUAAAUCAUCUGACCUGCCUCCGGCUUCUUUUUCUCCACAACAACCAGAUCAGAGGACUGGACGACACGGUGCACGAGCUCAGGAAGAUGCAGCAGCUCCAAACUGCAAAGGUGAAGUCGGUGGAGAGGAGGAGGUCCUUCCAGAUGCACAGCCAGGAUCGCCAUCGUGUCCUCCAGUCCGUUGCCUUCGGCAGACGAGUCUCAUAACCCGCAAGCAGUGAGCAGGAUGUCGGCUGGUUCCUCAACAAAUCAGUGUUUGUCAUUUACUUUGCAGAAACAGUCCAACCAUUACACAGUGCAAAGAUGUGUUUGCUGUGUUUUAAUAA